AUGACCACAACGACAACAGCAACUCAAAUUCAUCUUCUAAGAGCAGCUGGGUUCUCAAAGAAUCCCACCAAUCUUUCUCCAACAACAGUCUUCUUUGGCCAAUCACUCGCCAAAACGACACACUCCUUCGCCUUUAUUGCUACAAGAACUUCUUCAAGGUCUCCUGUUUCUACUAAUGCAAAGGCCAAUCCAACUGGAGAACAGAAAUGGACCCAUGAGGGCUCAGUCACCGAAUCACUACCUAAUGGUAUGUUUCGCGUUCGCUUAGACAAUGAGGAUUUGAUUAUUGGUUAUAUUUCUGGUAAGAUACGCAAGAAUUUUGUACGAAUUUUGCCAGGAGAUAGAGUCAAGGUUGAAGUGAGUCGUUAUGAUUCGAGUAGAGGACGCAUUGUUUAUAGACUCCGCAAUAGAGAUCCAACUAGUGAAUGA